AGCAUCAAGCCCACCACCGUGCAGGGACAGCGGCUGUCCCCCUUUGGAGACAAGUCCCCCAGACGCCCACACUUCCGGACUGGAGCCUCUGGAGUGCAGCUGCUGGGUCGGGAUGCUGCGUCCGUCUCCCGGUGCUCCCGGUGCUGCUGCUGCUGCUGCUGCUGCCAGAGAGACAUGAGGAUAAUAAGACGACGACGAUGCUCGUUACGUUACAUUAGAGCUGCCACGUUACAUCCCUGAAGUGGUCAUUCGCUCAUCACUCAGAGAGAGAGGGGAUCCAGGCUUUAGCCAUAUUAUACAUACUGUCUGUCUGCUGUCAACUGUUGCUGAUUGUCACUGUAAAUGAAUCUUAUAAGGUUUAUGAACAACCGUGUUCCUCCUAACAAGAGAUACCAGCCCACAGAAUAUGAGCAUGCUGCCAACUGUGCCACGCAUGCGUUAUGGAUAAUCCCCAGCCUGCUGGGCAGCUCACUGUUGCACUUCCAGUCAGAGGACCAAUGGGAGCGGCUGUCGGCCUGGGUGUACGGGGCGGGGCUCAGCUCGCUCUUCAUCAUCUCCACCCUGUUCCACACUGUGGCCUGGAAGAAGAGCCACCUACGGCUGAACCUGCGGGAGCUGGGUCCCUGGGGGUGUCACAUGCGCUGGCUGGUUUGGGUCAUGGCCUCGUUUGGAACCACCUACGUCUUCUUCUUCCAUGAGAGGUAUAAGAUCACAGAGUUGAUCUGCUAUACGGUGAUGGGAGUAUUUCCUGCCCUGGUCAUCCUCUCAAUGCCGGAGCAGUCGGGGUUGUGUGAGCUGCUGGUGGGCGGAGCCUGCUACUGUCUGGGGAUGGUCUUUUUCAAAAGCGAUGGCAUUGUCCCAUUCGCUCACGCCAUCUGGCACCUGUUUGUAGCGAUGGGAGCAGCCAUACAUUAUUACGCCAUCUGGAAGUACCUCUAUGCCCAGCCACCCAAUCAGGUCCAGACCUCCAGAUGACAUCAGCGCUGACCUCUCAGGAAGUAGCUCCUCCGAUUGAGCAACUUUCAAGGGGAUGAUGCGAGCUGUGUCCCAAAUCAACGGUUGCCUCCUUUUGAAAGCAAGUGGGCCGAACAUCCUCCCCAAAUAAGACGGUGACGCAUCACAGUAAAAAAAACUAAAGAUGCAUUUAAGUGAUCCUUCUCAACUCAUAAAGUAAAAAAACAAAA